ACCUCACGACCCACGAGCAGUGCAGAAAGAGCAGUUACAGUUCACACAGCGACUCAAUACUUGACGCACCAGUUUGAUCCUCAAAACAACCGCUUCUUUCUUCAGUUAGAAGAGUUUGUUUUUCUUUCGACCUAAAAUUCAACUUCGAACGUUUUGUUUUAGAAACAAGGAACAGAAACAGACCUUGUUAUGGAAAUCAAAACGAUCCUGUUUUUAAUUCUGAAUGCCCACACGUGCACUGCCAUCUUUAACGUUAGUGCUGAAGACAGUUUAGCUGAAAAUUCGCCAACUGUUCAGCUGAUUAAUCCAGAAGAUCAUCACGAGGAAGCCAGAAAAGCCCCCAGUGGACGCAGUUUUGCUGUUCUGUAUGACUAUGAAGCCCAGACAGAAGAACCAAUUGACUACAGUACGGAUGAGACAUUGUCCAACUCUUCAGUGCCAAAUAAAACUCGUAAAGAGUUACGCCAACAAGUGUCCCGAUCUAAUAAAGGAGCACGUCCAUGUAACAUCACUGAUCGGAAUGCAGCAAGAUGCAACUGGACUAGCCCAAUACUCAAGACCUCAGACGAGGCUGUUGACUUCCUUAAAAGCCCACUGGUCACACGCAUGAUGCCCUCAUUCUACAUCUUCAUCAUCCUCAUUAGUUUGCCCCUGAACACUUUGGCCUUGGUAGCGUUCACCUGUAGGAUUCGAGCGAAGAAACCAGCUGUGAUCUACAUGUCUCACCUGGCGUGUGUGGACCUGCUCUUCACCCUGCUGCUGCCUCUGAAGAUCCACUACCAGCUGAACGCUUCAGAUUGGGUGUUCGGUGAGGCGGCGUGUCGUGUGGUCAGUGCAGCUUACUACUGCUACAUGUACUGCUCCAUACUGCUGAUGAUGUACAUGAGUGUGGACAGGCUGCUGGCCGUGGUGUUUCCCGUCGCCUCUUUGACCUGGAGGAGCUCAAGGAAAGCCACAUGUGUAUGCACAUUAGCCUGGCUGCUGGCGCUCGCUGGUACGGUGCCACUUCUCUCAAUGAGACAAACAUUCAAGAUUAAGGAUGUGGGUAUCACUUGCCAUGAUGCAUUGAUCCACAAUGACCCUACAGAUCAGCAGUACAUGUACCAGUUCUUCAUCCUCUCCUGUGUCUACUACUUUGUGCCACUUAUUGUCACCUUAGUGAGCUACUCCACCAUCAUAUAUGUGCUCCGUACCAAGUCUACUCAAUUUGCGAAAUCAUCAUCACACUCAGACAACCGUAGGAGAGCUGUGAUUAUGGCUGUCGUUGUGCUGAUGGUGUUUGUUGUGUGCUUCGCACCAACCAAUGGCAUCCUGUUGUACCACUGUUUCCUUUUAGUUUCUGGAUACAACAGCGGUGAGGGAGAUUCAUCAUAUGCAGCUUACCUGUUGGCUGUGUGUUUGGGGAGUGCAAGUGUUUUUCUGGACCCUCUUCUGUACUAUUACGGCUCGUCUCAAUGCAGACAGAAGAUCAGCUCUGUAUUUUGGUGGAGACAGGGAAAAACUACCUUAUCAAAUUCAAACAGUCAGACAAAAUCCUCUUAUGUGAGUCGUGAGUACAGACAGGCACACAUUAAGAUCUGAAUUGUUUCGAAAAAGAGCUGAUGAAAUUUGCUGAUGUACUCUUAUAUUGUUCCACUGACAGAAGAUUUAAUUCAAAGUUAUCUCUUUCUGGCCACAAAUUCUGAUUCAUGCUAAAGAAGGAUGAAUAUCCCUUCCAGACUAUUACUUUUAAAAAUACAGCAUGCUACUAGGUUAAAUUGACCCAACCACAGGGCUCACAAAUUUUCAAAACCCCUGGUAGCCCUUCGGGCAGGUACUCUUGAGAUUUUGAUAGCCCGAAAAUUUAUUUAACUAGCCCAAAAAAAAAAAAAAAAAAAUAGAAAAUCAGAUAGGAGUUUAAAUGUCAAUCAAAAAUAUUUUUAAUACACAAAAAUUAACAAAUAUGAAGGAAGAAAUUUUAUUUCACUAUUUACAGGGUAUCUGCAGAAUUUUUAAAAAUAAAUUUAAGGGAAUUUAUAACCCAUUUUAAGAGCCACACAAGUAAAAUGAACACCUUAUGAGUGGGGUUGGACAAUUUCUAUGGCAACAUACAGUAUUCAGCCAUAAAAUCUCAUGAUUUACAGUUCAGAUACAGGUUUUCACAAAAACAAAAAUCUUAUACAACAGCAUUUCAGCCUUUAGACCAUUUUUAUGAAAAGGGGUAAAUCAAGCAUAUAAAUUAUUGUCAAUUUAAAACGUAUAAAUAUUAUUGUCUUAAUUGUUUAGAUUUUUAGAAGGCACAUUAACUUCUUUCUCAUUUACAACUACUUUGUGUUUGCUGCGUGAAAAAAUGAGUUGAUAUUUGCAUUGAUCUGACCAUAAACAACAAGAAAGGCUUGUCGGAAAUGAAAAUGUAUUCUCUGCUACGAGGUGGCGCUUUAGGAGCGCUGAAAUAUUGCGGUUUCCCCGGUAGUGUCUGUACACUAAGCAGCUCCGCGCUCAUAAAUGCUGCUUUAUCAGGAAUUAUAGGUGAAAUGAAAUAAAAAUGCCAACGACACGUUUCUGAGGACAGUCGGUUCCCUUCAGUUAGGCUACAUUCAAAUAAAGACAUCCGUGCAGCGUUUUGACUUGGGUGCAGCUCAUAUUUAUUCAAUGACAUCAUUGCCUUUUAAAGUUUAAUCCAGCCGUAUCGCGACUCUUGUCUUUCCGUCCCUUAACUGUAAGAAUUAUAAAUUAAGACAUUUCUUAUACCAUUUAACGUAUUUAAAACUUUGUAUGGCCUUAAUUUUGAUACUACUCACUUUACGAGUUUUUUGAAGGACCCGCGGGAGAUCUGUAUUUAAGAUAGCCCGUCCGGCCGAGUGGUGAUACCCCUUACCAAAAAGUAGUAUACUUCAAGUUUAUUUUAUUAAGUAUACUUAAGUAUAGUUCAAGUAUAUUUAGACUUUUUGUAAGUAUAAGUCAAGUAUACUUAAAUGUCAUUUUAAGUAUAUUUC